AUGAUCUUCAUUGUGGCCGCAUUGCUAAUCUAUGGGCUUGUGCCGGAAGUGGCAGCGGCAUCAACAAGUGCCCCUUGUCCGGCCCCUGUCGGCGGGAAAAUCCCAGUCAAGUGUGGGACUUGUUUCUCGAGGAUCAUCGCCCAGAUUAACAAGACAACCGUUCUUGAUCCAAAAGUGAUGUACGGAUUUGCUAACUUCAUUGGGGUCUAUGUAGAGCAAUGGAUCAAGAAUCGUACCACAGCCGGUAACAAUGCUGUGCCAACGAUGUGCGAAAUUGGAAAUGCCAUCAAGGACUACGUAUCCAGCCACUUAAACGAGUUGAUCGCUUGCGUUGGUCAAUACAAUCAGGCAACAGCGGGCACUGUGGCCUCGGAUGCCGCUCAGAUCAUGCUUGUAAUGAACAAUUACAAUCUCGACGAGAUAGCUAACGGUGCUACAUGUGGAGCGAUGUCUUGUCUACAAGCUGCUUAUAAUAAUGGGCUUGUACCCAUCUACAAGGCAUGGAUCUCUAAUAAGGCCAACUAUACAACUAUUCAAAAUCAAGUUUGCGUGCUUUGUGUCAAUUAUGUGUCAACGGCGACCGUUGGAAAAUGCUUUGAGAACAUCAAAGCAAGAACAAGAGUCGCAGUGUUGACGAAUCUUUACGAUAAGUAUGUGCCCCACUACUUUGGAUUGUACCAACACUACAGAGAUGUUUCGACGGUUGCCUGCAUGACCAAAUCGCUCCAAUGCGGCUGCAACAUAACCGUCAACGCCACCCAAGCGAAUCAAGCUGCUAGCGCAGUUGCUUCAGGC